UGUUAGCCCAUACACCCGCAGCGCUCGCGGAUCCAGGCUCUUCAGCGAGUGCGCUGCGCUGAUUUUGGUUGAAACUUCGUGUCCACGCGGCUGUGCAACAAAAGGACGUUUUUUUCUUCACAUUUCUAGAGCUUUGAGUUCAGAAACCAGCUGAUAAAAGUGGAUGAAGACUUUAAGCCGAAAGCUUCACAGCUGCGGACUCUGAAUUAAGACUCUACCAAGAGCUGCUGGACCCAUCCUCAUCAUCAUCAUGUUGAUUUUCUUCAUAUUCUCCUUAAUCGUCUCUGGUGUGGAGUUAUUCACUGACUGUCCAGCACAAUGCGUGUGCAAUGACCCAAACUCAGUAUUUUGCAUCAACAGACGGUCCAACACUGUACCUCGAGUUCCUGUCACCACCCGAUAUCUGUACAUCUUCAACAACAAUAAUUUCACCUUGUCCAACAAUGACUUCAAAGGCCUAGUGGAGUUGGUGUCACUUGAUCUGAGCCAGAAUGAGAUACGAGAAGUUCCCGAUGGAGUGUUUGAGUCCCUGUCAGAACUAAAGAACUUAGACUUGUCUGGUAACCAAAUUGCUCACAUUUCAAAAGACAGUUUUUCUGGGAUGGUCCAGUUAGAAAGGCUGUAUCUUCAAGGAAACCACAUUCAAAGCAUUCAUUGGGAAGCUUUUGAUGGCUUAGAGAUGCUAUUGGAACUCAAACUGCAAAGAAACCAGCUUGUUUCCUUGCCUUACCUUAGAUUUCCCAAUCUUCUCCUUUUAGACCUCAGUCACAAUAACAUUCCAAUGUUGGAACCCUCAGACCUUCAUACUCCCAAUUUAGAGGCCCUUAAAUUGGCUCAUCUUGGCUUAGUUACUCUGGAUAAAGACUUCAUAACAUCUCUGAGGAACCUCCAUGAGCUUGACUUAUCAGGCAAUAAGUUAAAUGAAGUCCCUCAGGCCUUGAAGCAGGAUUCCCUCAAGGGCCUGACCAAACUUAGCCUGGCAGCCAACCCAAUACUUGAGCUGAAAGUAGAGGACCUCCAGAAACUUGAUGGACUUCAGGAUCUAGAUCUCAGUGGAAUAAAUAUUCAGGAAUUUCCUGAGGGAUUUUUUGAAAGUGCUCCAAAGUUGAUUUCCCUGACAGCAGCUCAGAACCCAUUUAACUGCCUAUGUCCAUUUGCCUGGUUUCCUGUUUGGCUGAAAGAGAAGAACAUUCGUCUGUUGAAGCCCGAGAUUACCAGAUGUCACUUUCCUUUAGUUAAUGCUGGAAAAAUGCUCAUCUCACUGGAGCACAAAGAUUUUGGAUGUCCACCAACUACUACCGAAUCUUUUAGUUCUCCCAAAGAAAAUACUCCUGUUCCUCAAAUUCCGACCACAUCUCCAGACACCACCCAUACCAAAGCCGUUCUCCCCCCUCGUUCAUCUAGUGAAGAACCCAUUUCUUCAACAGACGUCCAUGCCUCUCCACCAGAAGACUUGGUUACCUUCAGCUCUCACAGUAAGGAAGAUGAACAGCAUUUUUGCCCAGAAAACAUCUGCCUCAACAGGGGUACUUGUAAAUUGGAUCUUCUUGGACAACUCAGCUGUAUGUGUCCCUCAGGAACAUUUGGCCUCUUUUGCGAAGAUAUGGAUGUGAGUCUUGCGUCCCAGCAACCCUCUUCUGCAGUUACCCCCGAGAUACCUGAUAGAAUUGAUACAAUCAGUUCACGUCAGGUGACCUCCACAUCAAUCCUUCUUGACCUACACCGCUUCAUCGAGACACGGCCAAAUAUCCGUGGCAUCAGGUUGACCUACCGUAACCUUUCAGGGCCCGACCGCCGCCCUAUGAUGAUUAGUUUGCCAACAUCCUACCCUGAGUACACGCUACGUGGUUUGAUACCCAACUGUACCUACUCUAUUUGUGCCAGUCCCCUUGGGGAGAAAAUACUUUACAAGGGUAGCAACUCUAUAGAAAUGGGGACAUGUACAGAGGCCCACACAGACGGCAUGCCUGUGACAUCUGUAGAACCUUGGGUGACCACAAGUACUCCUCUUACAAAUACUCUCAUCUCAGCUCUUGCAGUCCUAGCGCUGGUGCUGGGAUUGGCUAUAGUGGUUGGAACCUUUGUUUGCCUGAGGAGGAAGAGGCGGGCAAAUGCAGGAUUGGAACUAGAAUUGGGCCCUGCUGACCCCACAGAGUUGGAUGGUAUAAAAUCUUGCCUGGAAAAUGGCAUAAACGGUACCUUACCUCCCAAGCAGCCUGAGACGGACUACUCCAUGACUUCUCAGCCACCUCCACUCUUGCAUCAAAACGGUAGUUCAGACUAUGAAGCACCCUUGAUGCACGGACAAUGUCCAUCAAAUAACAAUCUAGCAUCCCUUAAACCAUCCUAUUUCUAACGAUUAGCAAAACUUUAAAGACUUUCUCAUCUAGCUAUAGCACCCUUGGCGGUUUUAUUCUAAUAUUAUUCCAACAUCAGAUACACACAAUUGAAAAAGGGCAAUUGGUAUCAUUUGUUGCACUCCUGAUGACACAGAAUGGAUUUCCAAUUUAAAGACACAAAAUGAUGGAUUGAAGAUGGCAGCAUAUUCGAAAUAUGCCUGACCGCUAUGGGACAAUGAAGAGGAUGUGAUUAAGUUCAUCAAAGACUGUCGUAUGAUGGUAUAAACAACUGACUAAAUGAAGUGCAAUCAACUGAAAGGGGCUUAGUAGUGAACAGUGCCUUCAUUACUGACCCAAGUAUAACUUUCUUUUAAUUCACUUAGUUCAUAUGAGAGGCAAUUGAAAUAAGCUUUAAUCUUGUUGCUGGAUGUGGAUAAAAUACAACAGAAAAAGUGCCUCAGCUUUCAGGCUAAAGAACCAGAGAACUGACGGUGGAUCAGCUGAAUUUCAAAAAUACUUCUUGGAAUUCUAAAUGACUCAAAUGGCACCAUGGGGAUUAGAAAACCUUGCACUGAAAUAAAAAUGGUUUCCUUUUUAACACCCCUCUCAAACUGCAACAAGAUUGAUGACCAUGAAGACAUGAAAAAAAAUUACCUUUAGAGACUACGUAAAGUUUGCAAUGAUAAAAGUUGUACAAAUUUUUCAUUUACUGUUGGCAUAAUCUGUUCUGCAAGCAAAACUCUAAUACAUAUUUGUGAUUCUUCUGAUCACUUGUUACACAGCUUUUGACUUGUGGAAAUUAAUUUUCUGUGAAAGACAAUUGAGAAUGGACUUGGAUGCUUUUACUUAGUGCUAAUAUGGACAGAUUGUUUUAAGUAUGAUUUUGUGAGAUUCUGCUUUAUUAUUAUUAUUUUUGUAUUUUCAUGUUGUAAAUAUUCAUACAGUAUUAAUAUCACUGUGAGUUGAAACAAUAACUUUUCCUGCUUAAAAAUGGCCUUUAACACCAAGCAUAUUCUAUUUUCAUCUAUGUUACAACGCUAAAAAUAUUGAGUGUUUUCAGUGCAGAAGUAACAACAAUAACCAAUGAUUUACAUAACUGGAUUCAUAUUUAUUUUUUACUCGCUCAUAGGGCAGAAACCUUUCUCUAGAGGAUAUCACAAGUGAUCCAUCAGUGAGCUCAGCUUCAACAGUGUGACGGACUGAGGGUAUUUGAUCAAGAAAGAUGGGCCCGAGUGCAUAAGAGUGAUUAUUUCUUUACUGAAAAGCAAAACUUAUAUUAUUGGGAAGUUUCUAAAACAACAGGAACAGCGUCCAACACAACAAAGUGUGGUUCACACAACAUGUCUUUGAGACUGCUUCCAGUGGACAAAAACGUAUGCAGACAUUACGUAGCAAAGCAAUAAUAUAGAACUAACACGAAAAUGUGUUCGAUAUUUUUCUGCCGGGUGUGUUAAGGCCUCAAAAAUCAUAAUUAUUACUGAUUCUAAAACUAACACAUUUUUGUUUACAUUCAACAUUUUACUCCUUUGAAGAAAUGUGUACUUAUAGAGAACGAGAAUUAUGUUUUUUCUCAGUCUUCUUAAAAAUAUUCAAAGCAUGAAAAAUAAUUCCCUGAACAAUCUCUAGCAGACUCGUAAAAAGAAAGGCUAAAGUUUCCAGUAUGAGGGGUUUUUGUAUGUAUGGUCCACAAGUUGGCCGGCUACAGGCAUUUUAGUUGUUAUUGGACUAUUUUUCCUGGGAGUUAAAGCAUGGAUUGUUGGAGACAAAGAAAUGCCUUCAUCACAUUGUUGGACUUUUACCUAUUUGCUGUGCUGUUGCAAUUUAUCCUGAUGUGCAUUUCAAGAACAAAAUGGCCUGUUUUGUACUCCACUGCACCAGAAACAUGAAGAAACAUAUUUUUUAUAAUAAAUAGAGUCAGUUCUUAUGAUUUUUUUGAGUAACUAUAUAGUUUGAACUUGUCAAUCUAAACCUCAGAUGCCUUUGUCCAUUUUUAUUUUUGUGCCUGUUUUUAUAUGCACCAGUUUAGUUUUUAAACUCCAGGACCAGAAAAACAUUUUUUGCCAUUUACUUUGUGUUAGCAUCCUCUUGUAAGCACAGUCAGUAUGCAUUUUGGUUAUAUAUUCAUAUCUGAAACUGGAAAAAUCUCUAAAAAGUUUUGUAGGUCAGUAAAAACAGCAGGACAUGUUUGUAGUAUUUUCAACGUGCAUAUUUUUACACUUCCUUCCCUUAUUAUUUAGGGAAAUAUCUGUAUAUUUUUCUGUUUGUUAUUUUGGCAGCAUUCUUUCUGUGUACAAAUUGCCAGUGCUGAGAAAAGAACAGUAUUAAAAUGCCUUAAUGAACA